ACCUGAGCCGAAGGCAAAGGCUUGACCCUCUGCGCCAUCCAGGUGCCCCUAGAUUUCCUUUAAAACUUACCUUAGACCGGCACGUUCGAGCCCAGUGCAGCAGGUGCAAUUCCCCUUUGGCGUUUUCAGGGUUGAUGCUUGGGGAUAGCCUUGGUCAGCGGAGUCCGAGCCGCCCCGUGUCCAGUUAAGGGCUCCAUCUGUGGGCUGUGUUGUGAGGGCUGGUGCUCCUUGGCCUCCAUGGUGGUGUCUCUGCGUGAGAUGGUGGCCCUGGGCCAUAGUCCGGGCCCAGCCCAGUCUGGCCUAAACCUGAGCCCAGGGAGGCUCCCGCACUGGGCCCUCCACUGAGGUGUGUCUGUGCACCAUCUUGUGAGUUCCCCUCUUGCUGGGAGUCCUUGCGUGGGCUGAUGGGCUCCUCCCCUCGAGAGGGAACCCCACUCAUCCUGCCCAGCCUCCUUUGUCUCUGUUGGUCGCCAGCCAGCCCUGUGGCAGGGUGUGUGUGUGUGUGUGUGUGUGUGUGUGUGUGUGUGCCUGUGCAAGGCUGUUGAGGUGGGGGAGGAUCGGGUGGGGGCAGGGACAGGAAGUGCCUGGGAGCUGGCAUGAGGGGCAGCCCACCCUGUUCAGAGAGGUGGGGGGGGUCUUGAGGCUGCCAUCCUCACUGCUUAGUUGGAAGGGGGAGGGGGAGGGGACGCGGCUGCGGAGGACUCAGGGUGGGGGGAGGAGGGCAUGGCUAGGGGUUCCAGAGAAUCUCUGUGGGUCCCCCCUUACGGGAGGGUGGUGCACAGUGCGCGGGACCUCGUGCGCAGGCCGCGCUGGAGGCGUGGAUGGCCCCCUCCGCCCGUGGAAGAGACUUGGGUUUCGUGCAGGGGAAGCUGUGGUCAGAUGCACCCGAGGACCCAGCAGGGCAGCGUCCAGCUUCGGCGUGAACAUCCCUGCACUUGGGUCCACUGCCUCACUAGGCAGUCUGCUCUUCUGUUCUCUUCGUUGUGCAGGGAAACAGGAGGCGUCCCGGGAAACCUGGGCCUGGAGGUUCACGAGUUAUGCUAAGGGGAACACCCUCGUCACUUCCACCGGGGUGAUGGCCCCAGAGGCCCUUCCACGUGCUCUUUCCCAUUCACCUCCCCAAAACCUACUGCCAUCGUUGGGUACCUUUGCACCCCUUACGGGUCUCUCACACGGGUGCCCCCUGAACGCUGUGCUCCGGUCUUGCGCGUUCCUGAACAUUCCCUGUUCUUCAUUAUUUCUGUCUGCGCUCCUUCCUUUUCCUCACAGCAGGCUGUUGAAGACCCAGGACGUGAAAGGGGCCUUACGUUGGGAACCCCUAGUGGGGUCCCCCGUGCUCUUGGCCGUCUGGCAGCUGGGGACGGAGGCCAGAUCACAUGUAGCUGACACCUUGGCCAGACUUGAGGUGCUGCCCUGCCGUUCCGGGGGGCUCGUGCUGUGUCUGCUGACGCCCGAGACCUAGCCACUGUGCGCCUCCCUGCUCUGUCCCAGGCAGUCCUUUGGGAGGACGCCGGAUGGUGGUCGGCCCGUCCCUUCCAUGGACGUGUUGGGAUGUUUGGACCGAGAGCCCCUUCCCUUCCUGAGCGGCUGCCCCGGGGCGCUUCAUGUGGAAGAGGCUGCUUGGCUCUUUCUUCCGGCGCCUAGUUUCCAAGUUAAUUUGUUCCUUAAUAUCAACUGAUGAGGUGCUUUUUUUUAAAUAAAAUUUUGAACUCACGGAUUUAACUGUUCUUGUGAAUUUUGGCCACGGCACUUUUUAUCCUUUUUGAAGCUCAGGCUGUCCCCCCUUUGGCUCAUGGCGUCUCUCCGCUGGGUGCCGAGUGUUCCCGACGUGGCCCUGGUGGUGUGCGCGCUUUGGGAGUCCUCGUCGAGUCCAGGUUGCCGUGGGCCUCGCCCAGUCGUGGGUUCGGCAGUUUUGCCGGGAAGCCUGGCUUCUUGUAGUGUGACAUGGUGCUCCCGGAGCACAGCCUGGAGGUGGGGGUGCGCUCGGCCACCGACAUCCGCAACUGUAAAAGUAAAGAAGCAGAAAUAAAGAGAAUAAACAAGGAACUGGCAAACAUUAGAUCAAAAUUUAAAGGCGACAAGGCUCUCGAUGGCUAUAGUAAAAAAAAAUACGUCUGCAAGUUGCUCUUCAUCUUUCUGCUGGGCCAUGACAUUGACUUUGGGCACAUGGAGGCCGUGAACCUGCUGAGCUCCAACAGAUACACGGAGAAGCAGAUCGGCUACCUCUUCAUCUCUGUGCUGGUGAACUCCAACAGCGAGCUCAUCCGGCUCAUCAACAACGCCAUCAAGAACGACCUGGCCAGUCGGAACCCCACCUUCAUGGGUCUGGCCCUGCACUGCAUUGCCAACGUGGGCAGCCGCGAGAUGGCCGAGGCCUUCGCUGGGGAGAUUCCGAAAAUCCUCGUAGCUGGAGAUACCAUGGACAGUGUGAAGCAGAGCGCCGCCCUGUGCUUGCUGCGUUUGUACCGAACGUCUCCUGAUCUCGUCCCCAUGGGAGACUGGACGUCCCGAGUGGUGCAUCUUCUCAACGACCAGCAUUUGGGUGUGGUGACCGCCGCCACCAGCCUCAUCACCACCUUGGCGCAGAAGAACCCCGAGGAGUUCAAGACGUCUGUCUCUCUGGCCGUCUCCAGAUUAAGCAGGAUCGUGACGUCUGCAUCCACAGACCUACAGGAUUAUACCUACUACUUUGUCCCGGCCCCCUGGCUAUCUGUGAAGCUCCUGCGGCUGCUGCAGUGCUACCCGCCCCCAGAAGACCCGGCAGUGCGAGGUCGCUUGACCGAGUGCCUAGAGACGGUUCUGAACAAAGCUCAGGAACCACCAAAGUCAAAAAAAGUGCAGCAUUCCAAUGCCAAGAACGCCGUGCUCUUCGAGGCGAUCAGCCUGAUCAUUCACCACGACAGUGAGCCGAACCUGCUCGUCCGCGCCUGUAACCAGCUGGGCCAGUUCCUGCAGCACCGGGAGACCAACCUGCGCUACCUGGCGCUGGAGAGCAUGUGCACGCUGGCCAGCUCCGAGUUCUCCCACGAGGCGGUCAAGACGCACAUCGAGACAGUCAUCAACGCUCUGAAGACGGAGCGGGACGUGAGUGUGCGACAGCGGGCCGUGGACCUCCUCUACGCCAUGUGUGACCGCAGCAACGCCCAGCAGAUCGUGGCCGAGAUGCUGAGCUACCUGGAGACGGCCGACUACUCCAUCCGAGAAGAGAUUGUGCUGAAGGUGGCCAUCCUGGCGGAGAAGUAUGCCGUGGACUACACGUGGUACGUGGACACCAUCCUGAACCUGAUCCGGAUUGCCGGUGACUACGUGAGCGAGGAGGUGUGGUACCGCGUCAUCCAGAUCGUCAUCAACCGGGACGAUGUGCAGGGCUACGCCGCCAAGACGGUGUUCGAGGCUCUUCAGGCCCCGGCGUGCCAUGAGAACCUGGUCAAAGUCGGGGGCUACAUCCUGGGGGAGUUCGGAAACUUGAUAGCCGGCGACCCAAGAUCCAGCCCCUUGAUCCAGUUCAACCUGCUUCACUCCAAGUUCCACCUGUGCAGCGUCCCCACCAGGGCGCUGCUCUUGUCCACCUACAUCAAGUUCGUGAACCUCUUCCCGGAGGUGAAGGCCACCAUUCAGGACGUGCUGCGCAGCGAUAGCCAGCUGAGGAACGCGGACGUGGAGCUGCAGCAGCGGGCCGUGGAGUACCUGAGGCUCAGCACGGUCGCCAGCACUGACAUCCUGGCCACCGUCCUGGAGGAGAUGCCGCCGUUUCCGGAGCGCGAGUCUUCCAUCCUGGCCAAGCUCAAGAAGAAGAAGGGCCCGAACACAGUGACGGACCUGGAGGAGGCCAAGCGGGAGAGGAGCGCGGAUGUCAACGGAGGCCCCGAGCCUGCGCCAGCCAGCGCCGCGGACUUACACACGGGUAGACUGAGAGCAUGUGCUGGCCGCUCGCGGACCCGGCUCUCAGCUCACGCCCCCUUUGGAAGGGGGACCCUGGCGUGUGAGGCCUCAGUUCUUUCUGGCCUCCUUUGUGGCAAAAGUGUUUUCAGAACUUUUUUUCCCGUUCAGUCCACGCCUUCUCCAUCGGCAGACCUCUUGGGUCUGGGGGCCGCACCCCCUGCCCCCGCAGGCCCCCCCCCCUCCUCCGGCGGGCUGCUCGUGGACGUGUUCUCAGACUCACCCUCCGCAGUCGCGCCCCUGGCUCCCGGCUCUGAAGACAACUUCGCCAGGUUUGUCUGUAAAAAUAAUGGUGUGCUGUUUGAAAACCAGCUGCUUCAGAUUGGACUGAAGUCUGAGUUCCGGCAGAAUUUGGGUCGCAUGUUUAUAUUUUACGGAAAUAAGACCUCCACGCAGUUCUUAAGUUUCACUCCAACGCUGAUCUGUUCGGACGACCUUCAGACCAAUCUGAGCUUGCAGACCAAGCCCGUGGACCCGACCGUGGACGGCGGCGCACAGGUGCAGCAGGUUGUGAACAUAGAGUGUGUGUCUGACUUCACGGAGGCCCCGGUCCUCAACAUCCAGUUCAGGUAUGGGGGAACCUUUCAGAAUGUGUCUGUUAAGCUGCCUAUCACACUCAACAAAUUUUUCCAGCCCACAGAAAUGGCUUCUCAGGAUUUCUUCCAGCGCUGGAAGCAGCUGAGCAGUCCCCAACAGGAAGUGCAGAACAUUUUCAAAGCAAAGCAUCCGAUGGACACAGAAAUCACCAAAGCCAAGAUCAUCGGGUUUGGUUCUGCGCUCCUUGAAGACGUUGACCCUAAUCCUGCGAAUUUCGUGGGGGCCGGCAUCAUACACACCAGAACCACCCAGAUCGGAUGCUUACUGCGUUUGGAGCCGAAUCUGCAAGCCCAGAUGUACCGGCUGACGCUGCGCACGAGUAAGGAGGCCGUCUCGCGGAGGCUGUGCGCGCUGCUGUCCGAGCAGUUUUGACCGGCGAGGACGGAGGACCGGGCUCGUGCGCGCUGCUGUCCGAGCAGUUUUGACCGGCGAGGACGGAGGACCGGGCUCGUGCGCGCCGCGCUGUCCUUCAUCUCCGCCCUUUGUCUUUGUUGUCUUGCCGCGAAUAAACGGGCCUGUCCCCGGUGCCUCC